AUGGUUUCGAAUCGCGGCGCCCACGUGCUGGUAUGGGAGCAGCCUGGCUUGGAGGACCAGAGGCCCAAAAAGUAUAGCGGUGGAUUUGGCACUCGUCACUGGGUGACGUUCAUGCUGUUCCUGGGGAUGGCGAACGCGUACGUGAUGCGCACCAACAUGUCCGUCGCGAUUGUCGCGAUGGUCAACCACACCGCGCUGCCGGUCCACAAGGAGGCGGAGGACACUGAGUGCGGCAACGUUGAUCCUAAUGCCACUUCUGUGGCUUCAUCACAAGACGGUUCGUUCGUGUGGAGUUCGACGCUGCAGGGCUACAUCCUGUCUUCCUUCUUCUACGGAUACGUCAUCACGCAGAUACCAUUCGGCAUACUAUCCAAAAGAUAUGGCGCUCGCCUGUUCCUGGGCAUCGGCAUGUUAAUCAACUCGGUGUUCGGGCUUCUGGUUCCGAUAGCCGCUGAGGCUGACUAUAAAUGGCUGAUCUUAGUUCGGUUCAUCCAGGGCUUGGGAGAGGGUCCAAUUGUACCGUGCUCUCACGCCAUGUUGGCUAAAUGGAUCCCGCCGAACGAAAGGAGUCGGAUGGGUGCAGCUGUAUAUGCCGGCGCUCAGUUCGGCACAGUUAUAUCAAUGCCUCUGUCGGGUCUGCUCUCCGCGUACGGUUUCGCUGGCGGCUGGCCGUCCAUAUUCUACGUGUUUGGUCUCAUAGGCACUGUCUGGUGUUUCGCUUUCCUGUUCUUCGUCUCCGAGGACCCGGAAAACUGUCCCAGGAUCAAGGAGGCAGAGAAGAAGUACAUCCUCAGCUCGCUGUGGGGAGCUGCUGGAUCUAGCUCACCGCCCAUACCCUGGACCAAGAUUCUGAUGUCCAUGCCAUUCUGGGCUAUAAUGUUGGCGCACAUGGGCCAGAACUACGGCUACGAGACCCUGAUGACAGAGUUGCCAACCUUCAUGAGACAAGUCCUGCAUUUCUCCAUCAAAGAUAACGGUUUCGUAUCAGCUCUUCCGUACCUGUGCAUGUGGCUCUUCUCAAUGUUCAUAUCAGUAGUGGCAGACUGGAUGCUGUCCAGCGGACGGUUCAACCACACGCAAGUCAGGAAGAUCAUCAACAGUAUCGGUGAAUACGGUCCAGCGAUAGGGUUGUUCAUCGCAGCGCACACGGGCUGCAACCCCGCCGCGACUGUCGCGGUGUUAGCCAUCGGUGUUGGGUUCAACGGCGGCAUAUAUUCCGGUUUCAAGGUGAAUCACUUGGACAUCUCACCGCGGUUCGCCGGCAUUUUGAUGGCGUUCACCAAUUGCCUCGCCAACCUCACUGGUCUGCUCGCGCCAAUCGUCGCGGGAUACAUCAUUGAGGGCAAACCCACGCAAGCCCAAUGGAGGAUAGUAUUCUACAUAGCAGCCUGCAUCUACAUCUUCUGCGCAACAUUCUACAACAUCUUCGGCUCAGGAAGGAGACAGGAGUGGGACAACCCGGCCGAAGACGAGGCGAUAGCGAAGAAGGCUGCAGCGAAAAAGGCGACCAAGUUAGAGAAGAAAACCGCCAGCAACCAGAACACAGCGGAAACCGCACAAUAGCACGUUUAAAACACGCUCGGCACACGCAACUGGCAACACCGAUUUGUAACUGGUAACCCUUAAUAGCAACUGGCAACAUUUAUACUGCAAUUAGUCAUUUCAAUUGUAACUGGCAACACCCUAAAAAAAAUUUAUUGGGCAGUCCCUUUGCAAGCCACAUUUAACUGUCUGUCAAUUAGUGUUGUAUCUACAGCUUCUAAAUGCCACAGACAAAAUUUAAACAUACACUAAAGGACCUGAAAAGAUGAAAGUAAAAGUUUUUUUUUUACUAGAAGUGCUCAGAUGAACAUCAUAGAACUUGCAUCCGUAAAUUGAGUUUAAAAAGAAAAAGGUUUUUUUAAAGGGAAUCUUUAACUUAAUACAAAAUAAGGAGAUAGCUCUGAAAUAAAGAGAGCGCUAUAAUAUGAAAAAAUUAAAUAAAAAAUUGUAGAAUAAGUUACUAUAUAUUUUCAUAGGUUAGCCAUGUUUUAAAUCCGAAUCCGGGGCCUAUUAGUAAAAGUCGUUUUUUAACCCGAAAACGAGUUUGCUUAUACAUAAAUUUAACUUAUUUAACGCACGUCUUAGGAACUAAAAGCCUUUUUUUAACUUUGAUGUUACCCAUUUCUCUAGUUAAGGUUGUGUAUGCUUUGAGCGCAAAUAAUACGAUUACGAAUUCCAAGUUUUGAAAAUUGUAGGUAAAACUGUAGUGUGCAAAUGUUGUAGAUAUUAUUUUGUUGUAGAUUUUAUAUUUUAACAUGAAGGAAAUCAUGGUUAGGAAUACUGCAUGCCUGAGAGUUCUCCUAAUGUUCUCAAAAGCGUGUGAAGUCCAUCCAUUCGGCUAGCGAAGUGGACUGCGGCCUAAACCCUUCUUAUUCCAGGAGACCUGUGCCCUGUAUUGGGCCUGCAAUGAGUUGCUAAUUUUUUUUUUUUCCUGUUUUUGCUUUUUAGUUAAAAACAUAAGAGACGCACAUCAAAAAGGCUGUGAUAGAAUCUUGUGUAACGCCUCAUUCACAUGGUGAUAGUAUCUAGUCUCAUAUAUGCCUACUCGCACGAUAAUCGAAGUGUUAUAAAAACCAAAACCAAAAUGAAUGGUAUGUACGACCACACAUGGAUACGUAUGCAACGUAUUUGAAUAUUAUGCUGCAGGAGAGGCGAGAACUAUCUCCAUGUAAAUGAAGCUUGAUGCAAUUUGGAAUUCGUUAUCGCGUCAUUAUAUUUAAACAUGCUAUUUAUUUAUUAAAUAUAUCAUAAUUGUUAUAAUAAGUACCAUACAAGUAUUGUCCAUAAUUUUAUAGUUUGAGAAUAGAAUAAUAGAGACGCGUGAAAGGUGUAAAUGACGAUGGGUCCAAAAGGUUUUUUAUUACAAAAAAAAAAAAAAAGAGUUACCGUCCUAGCCAGUGACUUCACAAAACCUCGCAUCCGCAACUAGAAAGUAAAUUUUGAUAAAAAAAGAAAAAUAAUUUAUAUAAUUUUGACUUGGUAUUCCAAUUUCAAUUUUGCAGAUACUCGAAUACAGUGUAGAAAAAAGAAUAAAACGGCAAAGACAAAAUAAUAUUUUAGAUUAUAUUCAAAACGUAAACUUAUUUAACACACAAGUUUUGAUGGAUGUAAUUUUUUUAUUAUUAUAGAUACUAUAGAAUCGACUUUGUAGAUACGAAUAUAUUAUUUUUCUUUCGUCAAUGAUUGCCAAACAGUAAAUAUAAUUGCUGUCAUAUAAAAAUAGCACUGACUGGUCUACUGCUCAUUGGAAGACUCAUAUUGGAUAAGAUGCGUCUCUCUUAUUGCUUUAUGUGCUACACUUAGGUUUGAUGUUUAUUACGCUAAAUAAAUAAUCAUUAACUAAUGUAGGCGCAUUUUUCACUAAGUUAAGUAUCGUUUAUGCUAGACCGUGGCGGAAACCACCGUGCUGACGUUGAAAUAUUUGCGCCAAGUUUUAUUGUGGGCGCUGGAUACGGCUCGUUCGAAGUAUUGACGGUGCAGCAUAAACUGCUUCAUCAUAAAAUGUUCGUGAGGUUUCAGAUUCGUGUCUCGUCUUUAUCUUGUAAGGGGCACGGCUCGUUCCCGCCACGGUCUGUAAUAAGGCAUCCUUCACUAAUGCGCAGGUUAAUCGUCAUUGUUAUUUUUAGGUGACACCAACAAUACCUAAAUGAGUGAAUUUAUUUUCAGUCCCCCGUAUCGCUUUAAGCGAGAGUUGCUGCGAUGUUAGGGCCGAUACACAUGCGGCGGUAUUUAGGUCGCCAUCCUUCCGUUACGUCACACCCAUGGAGGUUUAGAAUAAGAUACAAUAAAAUUACUAUAUUUGCUGGAAUGUGGUACAUAUUUUGGUCUUUCAAUAAUCAUUUGUGACUCCAAAACGCUAAACUGAUUCAGUGGUAUGCAAAAAUUAGAAUCAAACUUAAAUUUUAUACAAAACUUGGGCACUUCACACAGUCCACAUCUGUUCAAAGAUUCACUACUUAGUAAACUUAAAGUAGCAAUAUUUAGCCUUUGAUUCCGCUGCGGCUUGUGGAUUCAUUUCAAUAACGAAACGUUUAUUCCGUAUCGCAAAUACUAAAAUAAGAUUAUAUUGAAGUGUUAGACAAUCUUCCUCCAAGUAAAUAACGCAACGGCGGCGUCGAAAACUCCGUCAUAUGUGUUCCGGCCUUCAAGCAGUAAAGAUGUAAUUUAUUUAUGGAUUUAGAUUUUACAUAGUGCACGUGACGUCAAACGACGGUGUACACCCAGAGCUAAUGUGAUCAUUCUGUUAUUAAUUUUAAGUAAUUUUAAGCAGUUUUGUACAAACAUUGCACACAAAUUAAAAUACUAGCGCAAAUAAACGUAGAGUUAAAGCUGUUGAAUUAAAAGUAAAAAAUAUAACGUUCUGAGACUUUCACUUUUUGCCAGUCUUGCCAUCCUUUACGUCACUAAAAAUUAGUUUUGGGCGCAAAUAAUAUCAUUUACUUACAUUUUGUUAAUAUUUUGAUGUUAAAAGUAUUCUGAAAUUAUAUUUUGUUAAUUUGUGUGUAAUGUUAUUUUAUUAAAUAAAUGAGAGCUUUCUAUCGAAUAAAAAAAUACUGAUGAAUUAAAAAAAAAAAUGGCAAUCUUCUUAGCCAACAGCUACCACCAUAUAAUGAGAUAUUUCUAUGCCAUUGAAAUUCUAUUAACAUUUGUAUACUCUACUUAUAAAGUGUUAGAGAAAUACAAUGAAGUUUUUAAUUUA